AUGGGGUCUGAUAGGCAAUCUGUUGGAUUGCUAGACACUCUUAAUAUGGAGACAGUGAGGACAAUUUUAACUCAUACAUAUCCUUACCCACACGAGCAUUCACGUCAUGCCAUUAUUGCCGUAGUUGUGGGUUGCCUAUUUUUUAUAUCGUCGGAUAAUAUGCACACUCUCAUCCAGAAGUUAGAUAGCAAUAUACAAUGGUGGUCUAUGUAUGCCUGCCUGCUUGGUUUUUUCUAUUUCUUUUCGUCUCCAUUUGUAGGAAAGACAAUUAAACCAAGCUAUUCAAAUUUUAGUCGCUGGUAUAUAGCCUGGAUUUUAGUGGCAGCUCUAUAUCAUCUUCCCAGCUUUCAAUCAAUGGGAGUGGAUAUGAGGAUGAAUCUGUCUUUGUUUUUGACCAUUUAUGUCUCAUCCAUUUUGUUUCUUCUUGUUUUCCAUGUUAUAUUCCUUGGCCUUUGCCACUGUGGAAAUCGUGCUAUUCUGAGGGAAAAAACUUUUGAGAGGAGAUUUUCUGGUUGGUUUUCAUUCUGGAAAAAGCAAGAACGAAACACAUGGCUUGCAAAAUUCCUGCGCAUGAAUGAGUUGAAAGACCAGGUUUGUUCAUCAUGGUUUGCUCCAGUUGGGUCUGCCAGUGAUUAUCCACUCUUGUCUAAAUGGGUUAUUUAUGGAGAGUUAUCUUGCAGUGGCUCAUGUGCGGAAUCACCGGAUGAGAUUUCACCCAUAUAUUCAUUAUGGGCUACUUUUAUAGGGCUCUACAUUGCCAAUUAUGUGGUGGAAAGAUCAACGGGGUGGGCCCUAACUCACCCUUUAUCGGUAAAAGAAUAUGAUAAGUUGAAGAAAAAGCAAGUUAAGCCUGAUUUCUUAGAUAUGGUUCCUUGGUAUUCAGGGACAUCAGCUGAUUUAUUCAAGACAGCUUUUGACCUACUGGUAUCAGUAACUGUGUUUGUUGGACGUUUUGACAUGCGUAUGAUGCAGGCAGCAAUGAGCAGGGUUCAAGAUGGAGCUAAACAGGAGGAUCUUUUGUAUGAUCAAUUUAGUGAAAAGGACGAUCUGUGGUUUGACUUCAUUGCUGAUACUGGUGACGGUGGAAAUUCUUCUUAUACUGUGGCACGGCUUCUUGCUCAACCUUCAAUUCGUAUCCAUAGUACUGAUUCAGUGCUUACGCUUCCUCGUGGAAACCUGCUCCUUAUUGGGGGUGAUCUUGCGUACCCCAAUCCAUCAACAUUUACGUACGAAAGGCGGCUCUUUCGUCCUUUUGAAUAUGCUCUACAGCCUCCACCCUGGUAUAAAGAAGAGCAUAUAGCUGUAAACAAGCCAGAAUUACCAGUAGGCAUUUCUGAGCUGAAGCAUUUCGAUGGACCUCAGUGCUUUGUUAUUCCUGGAAACCACGAUUGGUUUGAUGGACUUCAGACGUUCAUGAGGUACAUUUGUCACAAGAGCUGGUUGGGUGGUUGGUUUAUGCCUCAGAAAAAGAGCUACUUUGCUUUGCAGCUACCAAAAAGGUGGUGGAUAUUUGGUCUUGAUCAGGCUCUCCAUUGUGACAUUGACGUGUUCCAAUUCCAAUUUUUCUGUGAAUUAAUAAAGGAAAAGGUUGGGGAUAACGAUUCUGUGAUCAUUGUGACACAUGAACCAAAUUGGCUUCUUGAUUGGUAUUGGAAUGAUGUGACCGGAAAGAAUGUCACACACCUGAUACGUGACCAUUUAAAGGGGAGGUGUAAACUUCGAAUGGCUGGGGACUUGCAUCAUUAUAUGCGCCAUUCUUUCGUUCCGUCAGAUAAGCCAGUUUUUGUGCAGCAUUUACUUGUUAAUGGUUGUGGUGGGGCUUUUUUGCAUCCCACCCAUGUCUUCAGUAAUUUCAGCAGAUUGUAUGGGACCUCCUAUGAGAGCAAGGCUUCUUAUCCCUCUUUUGAAGAUUCUAGCAGGAUUGCUCUGGGAAAUAUUUUGAAAUUCCGAAAGAAAAAUUGGCAGUUUGAUUUCAUUGGUGGCAUUAUAUACUUUGUAUUGACCUUUUCUAUGUUCCCACAGUGUAAGCUAGGCCAUAUCUUACAGGAUGAUUCAUUUUCUGGUCACAUAAGGAGUUUCUUUAGCACAGUGUGGGAUUCUUUUAUGUACAUGCUAGGACAGUCGUAUGUAUCUUCAGCAGGUGCUCUGUUAUUGUUAAUAUUUGCAAUCACGUUUGUACCCUCAAAAGUAUCUCGGAAAAGAAGGGCAAUAAUUGGGAUUCUUCAUUUUGCUACCCACCUGACUGCGGCACUAAUUCUCAUGGUGUUGUUGGAAUUGGGAGUGGAGAUGUGUGUUCGGCAUAAAUUAUUAGCAACAUCAGGUAAAUUUUGUGUUCCAUUUGAUGAGUUUUCAUAAUAUUUAUAAAAAUGAGAUGGUUUGUGUUUUCUCUUUCACUGUGUUCAAUUUGUGUUUAAGUUUGUAUACUUAUCAUGUGCCCCCAGGUUGCCAUGUUUGCACAUGUCACAAGUAAGCAUGAAAACACAAAACGUAAUAAAUGCGUCAAUUAAAUUAAGCCAACCCUGCAUCUUAACUGUUCUCUGCAUGAAUCCCUUCACCAUUUUGCUUUCUCUAUAUGGACGCUAUUACAGAUUGAAGAGCUAGUCAUAUGGGUCAUGAGUAAUGGUGUAAUGUAUUGUGAAUCUGUGAUUGGAGGUACAUCUACAAGAAAUUGGAUGCUAAAUAUCAGUUUGAUUAUAGAUAGAUUCUAAAAGAUUUUUUAUAAUGUGUGAAUUGCUAAUAUGGUGGUUAAGGCUUUUGUACCUGAUCUUUGUGACACAGUGACUGGUACUACUUAACACAACCAAUAUUUUCUGCUUGAAAGUUAAUGAUUGGUAAUCACAUUUCAGGUUACCACACUUUAUAUGAAUGGUAUCGAUCAGUGGAGAGUGAGCAUUUUCCUGA